AUGAAGAGACUCGCCCGCACGCUCUCCUCUCGCAGCACCGGCGGCAAGUCGCGUCCUCAUCCACCCUCGAGUUACGGCGAUGGCACCGCUCGUCCGAACCAGGCCCAUGUUCGGAAGUCCUCCCUCACGAGCCCGAUCCCGCCCUACACUCAGGUCCAUUUUCCUCAGUGUCCGCACACCACACCUCCGACGCCUCGACCUGCACGUCUGCCCGCGGUGCUGAGGACCGAAAUCGUCGAACCCGAAAGAAGAACAGACGAUUCGGGUCCGGGUCGAGCAUCGAGCAACGCGGACGGGGAUGUGCAGGUCCGACAAUUCUUGACUGCCCCGACGCACUGUCUCGACUGCACGCUGGCGCUGGCGGCGCAACAAGAAUCCUGGAUCCGCGAGAGAUGCGAUGCCGUUGUGCGGGAAUUGAAACUGAGACUUGUAGAGUUGAAGUCAGGCCUUGCUGCGCUGGGAGCUGCAGAGAAAGCUACUGUGUCUUCCUCCCGCGGGAGCAGAAGCGAGCCGGACGACGAGACCAGAGAGGGAGUGCAGCAGAUCAAGAAGCUCGAGACAGAGAUCCAGUGCCACGAGGAGCGUGCUGAAGAGCAUCUGCGCCGUCGCGACGGCGAUGUGAGGAAGCUGUGGGACCAAGUCCGCCGGGACUGGGAGGGCGGUGUUCGAGAGGUGGUGAGAGACGACGGCACAGGCGAGGCUGAGGAACGGUGCGUGUUUGCGAUGCCGUGGGACGAGGAUGUGUCUGGAGUGGAGGAGCAAGGAUGUGGGAUCCGACAAGGAGAGUCCAGGACGUCUGUGAGGGUGAGGUGGCUGCCGAUCGAGGAGGAUUGA